CGACACACCAGCGUUUCCUGGUCGUUAAGUCAACACUCCUUUGUUUAGACAUAAGAGACUGAAAUAUUUCAUCGAAAAGUUUUUACAAAAUUUUAAACUAAAAUUCAUUUAACAUUUUUUUUCCAAUGGCUGAUUGUAGAAGUUUAGUACUUUUAAUCAUCUUAGCUAUAAACUUAUCAAUUUUAUUCGCCAAACCUUUAAUUAUCGGAGGGGCUUUUAACUACAAUUCCACCUCUCAUACCCACAACCGGCGCCACAGGUCAGUUGAGAAUAUUCUCGAAGAUAAACACAAGCAGAUGGAAAACUCGACCCGGAUCAGCUGCAGAAACGAAUCUCAUCUGAAGCAAAUUUUCCAGGAUUUGAACCCCGGUCUGCAAGAGUCCCCCAUCGUAAACUUGAGACAAGGAGUUCGAUAUGAAAUUAGUGAUAAAAUCAAGAAAACGGUGCGGACGUUUACGUCUAACCCAGGAAGGAAAUGUCGAACGAUUGUCCACGACAGAGAUCUUGGAGCUGAGUUCUAUCCACAGUAUAUAAAGGAGAUCACGUGUUCAUCUUCUGACCUUCGAAGGUGUAAGCGGAAGUUCCAGAACGUGACACUUCUCAAGGUCGAUCAGUGCACGAGCGGUAUAGCCGGACUGACCCUGGUAGAGAAAGUCGUGUCGUCUGGUUGCUUCUGAAGGCGGGAAACAGAAUCGCGGGAAAGAACAUUACCCGACAGACCCAGAGGCUAGCUUUGGCUAAAACUAGCAUCAGCUAAAACCUAGCUGAACAUUUUGAAUGGGUUUUGCCGCCUGCUUAUGUUUCAUUAUGUUAAAAACGUUGUUGUGAUUUGCAAUAAAACAAAGUUGGAUAUUAAAUUAAAAAAAAUGAACAUUUUC